AUGUCGUUGGGAGCCAUUGUACGCCUUUUGACGGAAAUGGAAAACGCCAAGAACAUGAUGAAAGCAAGUAAGAUGAGAGAUUGAAUCAAUUUGGAAAGGGUAGUCGUGUGAUUCCAGAUUACGACGAAACGAAACUGCAGUUGUGCCGAGUGGCCAUGUCAGAAAUCAAGGAGCGCUGCUUGGUCAACAAUCGAGAUGCCUACGCCAAUCAGAGAAAAUAUCAGAAGGGCCAAGUCUUCGACAUGCAUUGUGGGGAAGUUUUCUGUUUGGGCGCCUCCACUUUAGAAAUCACGGCGUUUCCUGAGCUACGUCAGCCCGUCAGAUAUGACGUUCAUUGUGCAUGCACUCCACGCGCAGUUUCAAAUACUUUUGAAAUUUUUAACAUUUUUGAUGACCGUAAAAUAAGUUUAAAGAAGCUAAAAAGGUUAAAAAAAGAGUUGAUUGCUCAUCUAUCUCCAAUACAAAAAAACUAGAAAUAAUCAAGACUUUUUUUAUGGAAAUAAACUUCAAAUGUCUUGAAAAAGUUUAUUAUUUCUGCUAAAAAGCAAUGACGAAGGUUGGAAAUUUGUUGGAAUAUGACACUCGAACAGUUUUUGAACGAAAAAAAGUGCAAUUAAAAAUAAUUUUGACGAAAUUUAUUUUUUAAGAAAAAAGUUUAAAACAAUUUUCGUAGCAUUUUACUUUAUAGGAGAAAUAUCAAAACAUCGGAAUAUUGCUUUUAGUCAAACAAUUUCAAAAAAAAAAUUCACAGAAAAAAACUCGCAAAAUGCCAAAAAAUGGCAAUUCAAAUUUUUCAAUAAUUUUGGAGUGCUACAACUUCUAAACAGAUGAAAUUACUUUGAAAACACGCGUACUAUGCUCUAGUUCAUGGGAAAGUCGGUCCCAAUCAGUAAAAACUCAUACUCCAUUUCAAAAACGAAAAAACAUCGAAAAGAUGGACGAAAUUGACCAAAAAUGGUGAGGAAUUUUGAAUUUUGCGAGAAGUUGCAGCAAGCACGCUCCAAACCUAGCUUCAAAAAAUUUACUCAUAGCACUCUUAAGUGAUCCCUAGAAUCGCCCAGAAACGUCCGGAGCACGUCCGUUUCGCGUUACCAAUGUCCGAGCACUGCGUGGAAACGCCGUGAAUGUUGCAUUGCGUUAGUUCGAGUCAGUUCUGUCCACCUUGAAGACCUGCCAAAUUUUAAUGAGCUUGAAAAUGUGAUGUCAAGUCCAUAGGGCCUGAUUCAGAUGUUUUUAAGUCGGGUGUUCCCUGAGGAACUGACAAAUCUAUAUCUUUUUUAUACUGGCGCUGUCAAAAUUAGUAGGCUUACAUUCGGUGAUUUUGAGUGAGACGUGGUCUUGAGGAGCUGCCAAAUUUGGAUGAAGCUUGAAAAUUUUUCAUACAGGCGUUGCCAAUUCUAAGUUCAGUCCCACUUUUUUUUUUGAAGUGACUUGGGAAAUCAGUUAUAUUUUGAAGCUUCAAUCCUAUUUUGUUUGUGUUUAAGGUAGUUUUUGCUGUUAAUAAGCUAUUAAAAAUUGUUUCGGAGAGGAAUAGCCAAUUUUUGUAUGUACUCAUUUUGCCGAACUUUUGAACUGAAAACUGCAAAAUUCCAGCAUUUGCUCACAUUUUGGACCAUCUCAACUCCAAUGAAACAGAAGAAAAGGAAAAUGAGGAGGUGCUGAAAUUCGUGAAUGAAUACGAAUACAUCCGGUCGCUCGAACUUCACUACAUGGGCUUGAGCUACGCAACGCUGAAAGGAAGUUAGUGGAGCCUUUUUAAAAUAGGCGAAAAUUGGACCUAAAAAAAUAUACUCAUGUUUUUUUUUCGAGUGAUGUGAGUGCCAUUACGAAGUUGUAGCAAAUUUUUAUUUAUGAUUUUCGUUUCUAUUUCCAGAGUUCGUGUACACAAAGCCUGCACCGAGACAUGGGGAACUCAUAAGCGCCGCUUGCAAACGUGUUGAAAGUGAGUAAAAAAAACGGAUCCACAGCGUUUUUUUGGCGACGCCCCGCCCAUAGUUUUUUUUUUCGUAAAGUGUAGUGUGUCGUGUGCAUACACUGCGGCGCAUUGGCACACGCCGCGUUCAUCGUUUUUGCGAAGUCCAAAAUCAUAUCUGAAAUUCUGAAAUUCAAUUAUAUUUUUUGCUCUCUAGUGGCUAUUUCAAGUUUUGCAGAAUUACUUUCAUCACGGCAUGUGUUUAAAAAAAACAGAAAAAUCGCGUUUUUUUAAAAUGAGAAAUAUAUUCGUCUCAUGACCUAUUGAUGCACCUUUAUUUUUUUUUGUUGUUAACGCGUUUUUCCCAUGACCGCACAUGGGAAUGGCUGAGGUUUUGACCACGCCCCCUUCAUUCUUGGUUUUACAUUUUCUUUCACUAACAAAAACGCCGUGGGAUCAUUAAAUGUUGGGAGAGAAAAAAUUAACGAUUUCACGCGAUUUUUCUGAUUUUCGAGCUUUUCGUCAACUUUCCGGGAAAGAAAAGAUUGUAUUCAGGACAACAAGAGUUUUAUGAGAAGGUCCAGAAGCUGGUCAAAGAAUACGCAGCGCGAAAGAAGUUGAACUUGAAGCCGAAAAAAAUCCCGACAAGCAUCGUGCCGGAUAAAUCUAAAUUCGAAACGACAACUCCGGAGCCAGUGGACUUGGUGUUUACGAGGGGGAUUGCGGGCAAGGUGACUUUUUUCGGUAUCACGAUAAAAAAAAAGAAAAAAAAAAUCUAUGAAAGUGAACUUAUGGCUUCAUCUCCAACUGAGAAACUACUUUGAGCUUGUUUGGGCGUAGUUUUUAGAAACAUCAGCUUUUUAAAGACACUUUUUCAGCUUUCCAAAGACGAUAAAAAUAAACCUGAGGUCGCUUCGAAAUCCAAGGUUCAUUCUACCGCUGAUAAACCUCGAAAUUUGUUGUUUUUAGGAAACUGAGAACCAAAAAAGCAAGAAAAAGAGCUUUGUUCCUGGACCUCUCCUGUCUAAGAAACAGGUAAAUUAAUAAACGUGAGGUGAAGAAACGGAACGAUUCGAUCAGGAUUUUUUUUUACAUUGCUUAAAACCGUAACGUUGCGAGGCUGCGCUAUUUGGGAUUUUAGACUUUGAGUUUAAGCGGCGCACCGUAGCGCAACGGGUUGUUUGCCUAUCUGCUGUUCAUGGGUUUCAAGUUCGAUUCCCCACCCCAAUAAGGAACCCAAGAAAUUUUGAUGGUGGGAAACCAUUAUUCCCUAUCUGUCACCUACAAGGGCUGUUAUGACAGUUAAGCCAGACUAGAACGAAGAGAAAAAGCCGAACUGUGUUUUUUUCAAAAUUUCCGAUUUUCAGGAGGCUGAGCACCAAAAAAGCAAACCCUCGAGCGUUGUGACUGGACCGCUUACAUCUAAGAAACAGGUAAAUUUUCCAAAAAAAUAUUCUCGGGAUGUAAUGGCACCUGAUCGACUCUUCUAAACUUGGUCUCAACCAAAACGGGACUUCAAGGCUCUCAGCUCAUGGCGUUUUGUCGACGACGCCACGCCCACUUUUUAUCCAUAAAGUGUCGUGUGUCGUGCGCAUGCACUGCGCCGCUUUCUCGCAGAAAAUCGCGUUUAUGUAGAGAAAUUUACGCUUUUAGAGCCGAAAUCUCUGCCGUUCCCAUGACGUCACGUGAGAACGGCGGAUAUUCUGGCUCCACCCACCGUGUUUGUGGUUUUGCAUGUUCUUCCGCUAACAAAAACGCCGUAAGCUAUGGAGGAUUUUUGAGUGAGGAUUUGAUUAAAAUUUGAAAAACGCUUUUGCUGUUUAUUGGAAAAGUUUUACGUAGAAAGUUCCAGAAAAACUGAACAUUUUUUUUACUUCUACUGCAAAAUUUGCCCGUUUUCAGACUUCUGAUGGCCACAAAACUUCGAGCCUUUCGGCAGCAGAGACCAAAUGA